AUGACCGUGAGAAAAAGGUUGAUCGACGGCGGAACGAUCCUCGUCGUCGAGAAGCGACCACACGUCGAGGGCGAGCUCGGUAAAUACGCUCCUACGAUCUCUCUCGGGCUGAUAUCAGCGUGCCGUUCGUCAUCAUCGCCGUCAUCGUCGCCGCUGCCGCUACCACCACCGCCGCCACCGUCACCGCCGCCGCCGCCGCUGCCGCUGUCGUCGCCGCUGUCGCAACCGCAACGGCAAUCUCGAGUCUCAACCGCAGCCGCUUCGUCACCGUCACGUCGUCGUCGUGGAAAGGGUUGGUGA